AAGUCAAAGAUAAUACAGGAAAUUGUACGUGUCAAAAGCUUAACAGGUGGCGCAUUUUCCCGGAAGUACGUCAUAAGGCAACGAGCCAGAAUUUCCAAGGUAUUGAAACUGUACUGACCUGCUUUAAGUGGUACUAAAAGCUGAUCAUAUUGGACUUGUCUUCGGACCAAAUUGCGCCACAUCGGCAGAUCUGCUUCCAUUAACACCGUAUCAUUAGCUUCUUUUAUGAAGUUUUUGCGUCUUGAAGGGCCAUUGCGCUGGCAAACAAGCACCAUUUCGUCGAAAAAAAGAAGUGAUAAUUGUGGUUUAUCCACAUCAAGUAGUUAUAUGAAGUUCAUAGAUUUCUGUGACUAUCACCUACUACCUAGAAGUUGUAAUAUUUGUACCAGACAUAAAGACGGAGAAAACUUGAUAUCACAAUUAUGGCGACCGUCAACGUUAACAGUGAGGUCACUGACCAGUUCUACAGAUAUAAGAUGCCGAAAAUCAUAGCGAAGGUUGAAGGCAAAGGCAAUGGUAUCAAAACUGUGAUUGUUAACAUGGUGGAUGUGGCUAAAGCUCUCUCAAGACCUCCAACAUACCCUACAAAAUUCUUUGGCUGUGAGCUUGGUGCACAGACCCAGUUUGACUUCAAGAAUGAUCGCUACAUUGUCAAUGGAUCACACGAUGCAAGCAAACUUCAACAACUACUUGAUGUAUUCAUCAAGAAAUUUGUCCUCUGUUCUGAAUGUUCUAAUCCUGAAACCAUUCUGAGUGCAAAUCAGAAAACUCAGCUGAUUAAAGCUCGCUGUAUUGCAUGUGGACAUUCUGCUAUGGUAGACAUGCGUCAUAAACUGACCACAUUCAUUCUCAAGAAUCCUCCAGAUAUGGACCCAGCUGCGACCACCCCAUCUAAAGGAUCCAAAAAGGAUAAGAAAGAGAAGAAAUCCAAGAAAGGAGAGAAGGCAACAAUGAAUGGUGAUGAUGGUGAUCAUGAUCGUGCCAGUCCAGAAAUCAACUCCCAGGAGCAGAUGGCUGCACAAAGAGCCUCUGGUGGCGUCAUUGAAGCACCUCCAGAGACAAAGGACGAUGAUGAUGAAGACUGGGGAGAAGAUGUGAGUGAUGAGGCAGUAGCUAAACGUAUGAAGGAACUCACUGAUGCUGCCAAGAACAUGGCAAUGUCUGACGACCUUGAGAAAACUGCCAAUGAAAGAAUGGAUCUUUUCUAUGAAUUUGUGAAGGGCAAGAUCAGCAGUAAAAGUAUAACAGGAGCAGAGCAGGACAUACUGUCUGAGGCAGAACGUCUUGAAGUAAAGGACAAAGCUGCCCUCGUCCUUGUUGAACUUCUUAUGAACGAAAAGAUUGUCAGUCAAAUCAAACAGCAUCGUAAACUUCUACUGCGCUUUUGCCAUAACAACCAAAAAGCCCAGAAAUACUUGUUGGGUGGUGUAGAACAGUUGAUAGGAAAUGUGCACAAAGAAGCUUUACUGCCCAAGGUUCCACACAUCUUCAAAGAACUUUAUGACAUGGAUAUUGUUGAGGAAGAAGUCUUGCUUGACUGGGCUAAAAAGGUGUCUAAGAAGUAUGUAUCUAAGGCUGUAGCUCAGGAGAUCCACGACAAGGCGGCUCCAUUUAUCAAGUGGUUAGCUGAAGCUGAUGAAGAGAGCUCUGAGGAAGAUGAUGAAGUAGAGGUUGCAUUCUCAACAACGGGCAAGGUUGGCGUGGAAACUGUUACUCCACCAAAACCCAAGUCACCAGAGCAAGCACCAGCCUCGCCGGGAGGUGACGAGAGUGAAGGAGAUGAAGAGAUAGACAUUGACGCCAUCUAAAUAUAACCCUGUUGAUUGAACCAUAUGUUUGAGGUCUUCUUGAAAUAUACUCUAAAAUGUUUUGUGAGAAAAACAACACUUGAGACAUAUAUAUAAAAUUGACAAUGAAACUGACUCAUUGAGUUUCUCGAUAUACAUCUACAAACUUUGAUAUCAUUGCCUGAGAGAAGUUGUUUAUGAACUUGUUGUGAUCAUUUUUUCAUGUUUUUGACUUUUGAUAACAUCUGUGUACAUAUGUUGUGGGCAUUGAUUCUUUGGUCUUUGAUUAAUUAUUAAUUUUUGCCGUUUUGGGGAAAAAAAACGUUGAAGGAAUCAUUUUGUAAAUCAUUUAUGUACAGUGGCUUUUAACAUGAUCUGGUUUAAACAGAGUUUGUAUAGAUGGGUUUGUUUAAAGGUUACAGAGGGGAGAUGAAUAUUUCUGACGUAGUGUUUAAUAGAGGGAAUAUAUGUAAAAAAAUCGUCUGUAUAUAACUUGAGGUUUCUUUUACCUCUUGUUUCAAUAAUUAUGUCUAUUGCUGUUACCAUGUUUGUUCCUUUGCUUUAUACCACUAUCUCUUUUCUUAUCUUUGUGCUUGUUAUUAAAUUAUUGGUAUUAUUUAUUACAUCCUACUUAAAAACCAUGAUAUAUAUUAAUUAAUUGAUAUAUUUUUUGCAGUGCUUCUUAGGUUUUAUAUUUUAUGCCCCUGAAGGGCAGCAGAUAAUAAUAAAAUUGGCAGUCCUCUCACAGUUUGCUUGUCUAAAAAUUUGCAAGGUUUUGACUUUAGACCAGGAAUAUAGAUAGGUGACGACAAGUAGCAAACAUACAAAAGUUUGGGACUUUAUUUGUGCCACUAGGUCAAGGUCACUGUUAAUGAAAAUGGAAAAAUGAUUUCUACAUGGUAACUCACUUUCUUUAAAAAUCCCCUCAAAGGAUAUAUUUCAGAACUGAAACCUGUAAACUGUUUACACAGAUAGAAUAUAUGCAGUCUCAGUGAUUUUUUUUGCGUAUUUUUACUGCCGAAUAUCGGCACUUUCCCCUCGCCAAAAUAGGCCAUUUUUUCCCAAAAAAUCGUCAAUUUUUCCCCUAAAAAAGAGAUGUUUUCCCCCCUCAAACUAUAAGAUUUUAUAUCCAAAAUGUAACAGUUUAUAUUCGGGCGUGAGAUCAGCGAUAUCUAACAUGAAAUUGGCAGAAAUGGCAUCAAAAACGUCCUUUUUAAGAUCAAAAUCGCAUCAAGGUUACCGUCGCGAAAACACGUGACAAACAAAAUAUUGCCGAUUUUCAAGAGAAAUAUGCACUUUAGUCGGUUUAAAUAUGUUCCAUUAUGUCAUUUAAUCAUUUAUGGUAAUGAAAAAUGACAAUAUCUCUCCUAGUUUUUGAAAAAUUGGAGAUCAAAAUCGCCGCGAUUGUACCGAUUUUCGGAUAGUCAAAAUUUCGGACGUUAUCAAAUUUCAAGGGCAUGAAGUGAAAAUUGAUAAAUACAAUUAUUACAAGUUGUAUUGGUGUCUUAAUUUAUUUUAUCACCCAAAAAUUUCACGAUUUUAAAUCCAAAAGUGGUUUUGAAAAAAUAUAAACUCUUCAAACAACAUUCAGUAAGGAAAUGUACAGAUUUAUAUCACUUAGUAUGGAAAUUAAACAUAUUUCUAUUUUUCCCAAUUUGGGGAAUUAUCGCGCUUAUUUUCCCAAUUCAGCGGGCACAGGCACCUUUAUUUUUUCCAAAAAAAAUCACUGGCAGUACUUAAUUUAAUCAUAGUUUUUUGGCUGCACAUACCUUUAAGCAGAUAGCAAGAGUUCACUGUCUAUAAGCUACCAGUGCUAUUAGAAAUAUAUUGUCUAUAUUUGGAUGUGCUUCUUCAUCAAUAUUUUAGGGGAUGCGGUACUGUUGCUGUCUUGGUAAUUUAACAUUAAUUAUAUGAGUUUUGACUAUUGUUUCGACAUUUUAGUCAGUGGGAAAUUUACACAUAGGGCUGUCAAUUUUUUGUGGGUUUUGGGAACUUUUGAUUUUGGUGACAAUGCUGUUUACAUACAGUGAAGUUUUAUUCUUUGUUUACCAUUCUAGGGUAAUUUUGGUUAGUAUUUGUCAUGAAUUAGAAGUUAAUUUUCUCCCUUCUAACAUUUCUCAUCAAAAUAUUUCAUGCAUUUUUCUUUGUGGUUUUUACAAGUGUUAUGAUGCUUAAAUUCAUUCCAGAUUUUUUUCUGUAUCUGAAAUAAUUGGCAACAGUAUUUCAUAAUUACAUACAACUCCAUUGUUGUAGACAUUUUGGUGAUUUGUGUGCAUUUAUGUGAUAUGGAAGAAAAACUAUGAAACAUU